AUGUGCCGUCGAUCGCCGACAGGACGAUCAUUUCUUCCUCCCAUCAAGUGUCAUAUUUCAGAAUCUUCUGUUCCUGAAGAGAUCUCCGUCAUGAAUCACGAUGGCGCGGUUCCAAUGCCUCGCUUGGCAAUUACCAUCGGCGUAGUAUCCGUACUCUGCCUGCUGCUCCAUUCCGUUACUGCAUAUCCCACCCCUGAACUGGUCCGCAACGCAGCAGAAGUCGCUGGUUUGGAAUUGAUGGGACGGGGAACCUCUCAUGCCAUUGCCCCGUCGAUUGAUCUGCCAGAGCGACCGGAUGCGGAUCCACUCGAGCAGCGAGAUAAUCAGAUGCCAUAG